UUCUCGGUUUCUAGGUUGUGGAAUAAACUUAUCAAUAAUGCUGCUAUGAACAUUCAUUGGCACGACUGUGGACUGUGACUAAGUUCCUAGGACUGGAAUUGCUUGACCAUAAGGUCCCCAGGCCUGGGUCCUCAGCUCACUGAGCACAGCCUCCCCUGAUGAGCACACCAUUGUUAUGUAAUAGUCUAACCCUGCCCAUUCAGCUGUCAGGAAGCCCCAAGCCUGCAACCUCACUCUGCUUUCUUCAUGGGUGCCCUGGUGAGAAGGUUGAUGUUUUGGGGGUAGUCUUGCCUACCUCCCACUUGACUGCAUUUUUCUGGGCAAAGGCGCUCUUACUCAUGGGGCCUGCCUGGCUCCAGGUCCCCCUGACGGGUACUCUCUGGUUACUGGUGCUCUGGGCAUUUCUAUCCCCUGUCUGCUGCUCCCAUGAUCCACCAGUAUGGCGCUUCGCUUCCUCUGAAAUUGUGAUCCCCAGGAAAGUGCCCCCUAGGAGGGGUGGAGUUGAGACGCCAGACCAGCUCUCCUACAGCAUACGCUUCCAGGGCAGAAGGCAUGUGAUCCACAUGAAGCUGAAGAAGGCCUUGCUGCCCAGACAUUUUCCUAUUAUUACUAAUAAUGACCAAGGGGCCAUGCAGGAGGACUAUCCCUUUGUUCCCCGAGACUGUUACUACUACAGCUACCUGGAAGGAGUUCCGGGGUCCAUGGCCACACUGGACACUUGCUAUGGAGGUCUGCGUGGCAUGAUACAGGUGGAUGACUCCACUUACGAAAUCAAACCUCUGGAGGCUUCUUCCAAAUUUGAACACCUGGUAUCUUUGCUUGUGUCAGAAGAAAGACCAGGAGAGGCUCAAAAGUGUAACAUUGACGACGAACAGGUGGAUGAAGCAUUUGAAAAGGUAAAACUUGCUGAAAUUCCUAGAGCAGGCCCCGCUUAUUUCUGGAGGCUUCAUAAGAAACAUAUAAAAAUUCACUACACAAUUUCUAGUUCAUUAUCUUCAAACAUGGGUAAGAAUAUGACACUCAUGAUAGAGAAUGCAAUGAUUAUCAACAGCAUACUACAUACCAUUUUCAAACAAGUUGAUCUAAAUGUCUUCAUACGUGUUUUGUGCAUAUGGAGGGAUUGGGAUGGAGUACCCCUUGAUGAAUUCCCUAAUAUCCACGACUCUGUAUCUGAUUUUGGUGUGUGGAAAGAACAUGGUAUUUAUAAGGAGGCUAGCCACGAUACUUCAAUUCUUUUAACAGGACAUGCAGUUAAAGGCGCCCACUAUUUUGCCUUCCAGAACGCAAUGUGCAAUGCCAACUGGGGAGUAGUGUAUGUAUUUGUAACAAGGGUUCACAUAUUUUUUGCUGCAACUGUUGCAGCACAUUCACUAGGUCAUAACAUGGGUGCAGACCAUGAUGCGGAGUAUUGUGUUUGUUUUCGAAGAAGCCACUGUCUCAUGAGCAGUCCUGCCGGUCUUAGAGAUCUAAUGAGUAAUUGUAGUUAUUAUGCUAUUCAUCGAAGACUACUUGAAUGGGAUCCUUGUUUAAGUAGUCCAAACCCUCCUCCAUAUAAAAAUUUUCCUUAUGUAGCACCCCGCUGUGGAGACAAGAUCAAAAAUGCGCAAGAAGAGUGUGAUUGUGGCUCAUUUAAAGACUGUGUUAAUGAUAGGUGUUGCGAAACCAAUUGUGUCCUCAGAGGCGGCAGUCAAUGUAACACAGGAGCUUGUUGCCAGAGGUGUAAACAUGCUCCUUCUGGAAUGAUUUGCAGGGAAACACUUGGUAUUUGUGAUCUACCGGAAUACUGUACUGGGCAAAACGAGACGUGUCCACCUGAUGUCUACAUUCAGGAUGGAACUCCAUGUUCAGCAGUAGCUGUUUGUGUGAGCGGAAACUGCAGUGACCGUGACUUGCAGUGUCAAGCCCUUUUUGGCUAUGAAGUAAAAGAUAGUAAACCAGUAUGCUAUCAAAAAUUGAAUAUCAUGGGUGACCGAUUUGGAAACUGUGGGGUUAGGGUAGUACGAGGGGGAGGUAAAUCUGUGAGGUGUGAAGAAAAGGACGUUUUUUGUGGAAUGCUGCACUGUAGAGGUGUCAAAACUCUUCCGGGUGGAGGUGAACACACUACCUUUCAUAGAAUAAUAAUGCACGAUGCUCAAGAAGAAGAAUGCUCUGGAUAUGAUGCACACUUCGGAACAGAAUUGCCAGAAAUGGGGCUUGUAGUGGAUGGUGCAACGUGUGGCCCAGGAAGCUACUGUGUACAACAGAAUUGUACGUUUUAUCAGGACAUGAAUUUUGACUGUGAUGUGAAGACAUGCAAUUUCAGAGGAGUGUGCAACAACAAAAAACAUUGUCACUGUAUUCGUGGUUGGAAACCACCAACUUGUGAAGUGAGAGGAGUAGGUGGCAGUUUAGAUAGUGGCCCUCCACCUAAUACUGAAGCUGGUUUUCGAGCCAGCAUACGUGUGAAUAUAAACCAUGCGCUAAUUUUUGUCUUGAUUCGUUUCAGUCUUUUUCUGUUUAUACUUAUCAUCGGUUGCCUUACACAAGCAACGCGAUCUGUAGAAGAGGUAACAGUGGAAGCUACUGAAGCACCUAAAGCUACCAAGUCUGCCAAGAAAUAAUAAUGAAAGCCCAUGCAGAGGGGAAACUCACAUUGGCACUUAUUGUGAGAAAUGAUCAAUAAUCACUCUGACAACAACAGAAUCUUUUGGCAAUUCUGACGUCAUCUGGCAAUAAAAUCACUUUGCAAUUUG